UGAACGUGAAAGAAAAUGGUGUUGUUUAAUGGUUUCACCCGCGUUUAUCAUUUUGCGAAAGGGCACAGAUGCUUUAAAGAGUCCCGGAAAGAUAUUCAAGCGUAUUUGGCGUAAAAACAGACGAGACGGGAGUGCAGGGGAGUGAUCUGACUGCCUGAAGUCAACACUGCAACAAGAGUCCAGCGCCAUGAAACUGAAUCCCCAACAAGCUCCACUUUACGGAGAGUGUGUGUUGACCGUUCAGCUCGACGAUGGUGACGUGUGUCGUUCUGAGGGAGAAGAAGAGGAAGAGGAGGAAGUGGAGUUUUAUCUGUUAUUCUCAGGAUCCACCCAAAGACAUCUGACGAGCACAUUACGAGUCAGCCACGUCACACUGCAGGCUGUGUGUCCAGCCCAUAAUGUGUGUGAGCAGGUCUUGGUGACAUUAUGUUUGGCUCGGCCCGGUGGACCAGUGGACACACACUCCCAGGAGACCUUCUGCUUUGUGCAGGACUUGGCUCUGGACAUGGCCCACUUCCUCCUGGUGAACGCAGCUCCGCAGGAAGCAUUACUACUGGAUGAUGAGCAGAUUCCUUUGAAAGAGUGUGAGAGGUUGGAUCAGAGCCUCGCCCUGGCCCUGAAGCACCUCACCCUGCACCACCGGAGGACGCCACCAGAGACACCCUCACGCACACACACGCAGACAGAUGUGGACACACAGAUGGCUAAUACACACAGUAACUCAGAGACACACAAGGAAGCCCAGAUGGACGUCUCCACAGUGCUGGACAGCUGCAGUGCUGUGUCUCAGUGCCAGAAGCUCUCCAGCCUCCUGCACUUGGCAGCCAGUCACGGUCUGAGAACAGUGGCAUCGUUCCUCCUGCAGCAGCCGGGAGGCAGGGAGGCACUGAGGAGGCCCAGCACCCAGGGACUAACUGCAGCAUGUCUGGCAGAGAGCAGAGGACAUCAACAGCUGGUGGAGCUCUUCACACACACCACAAUCUCCACCUUGACUCUCGACACCGGAGCCCCUCAGGUUUGCAUGCUCAGCUCUGUCAUGUACUCCCUGCUCACACUCAACUCUGUGGUCACCCACAAUUUCGACACAAUCAUGAAGUUUUCUGACAGCAUUGCUGUCAUAAGUCCGAUCACCUGUGACGAUGAGACGGCCGACGGAGAGGAGGUCAAAGCCUCGACUUCUUGGUGCCAGGACAACAACCUCCAUCUCAAUAUCAACAAACUGAAGGAGCUGAUUGUGGACUACAGGGAGCGACAUGGAGAAGGACACACACCUAUCACCAUCAGUCGAACUACUGGGGAGAGCGUCAGCAGCUUCUGCCUCCUCAGCAUCAUAUAG